UGCAGCUAUAAAGAGACGUGACUGUGUGGACAUGCACUCCUGUUCUCAGGGGCUUUAUUUCAUAUUUUCUAAUUAAAUAUUCGGCACCAUGGCCUGCAAACAUACACUUCUUUAUACCGGAUUACUGCUUUUCAUUUCAGCGCAUUUGUCUUUUUCUUAUUCAGAUGAAGAGCUUGAAGCGAGCUACUGGAACAACCAGGCGAGGGAUGCUCUUCACAGCGCCCUCAAUGCACAGCGGAAUUUGCACCAAGCCAAGAACCUCAUCAUGUUCCUGGGGGAUGGUAUGGGAAUCACGACGGUGACUGCUGCAAGGAUCCUUAAAGGACAGCUGGCAGGAAAAUCGGGGGAGGAAAGCAAUCUGGUUAUGGAUACUUUCCCUCAUGUGGCACUGUCUAAGACGUACAAUGUGGACCAGCAGAUGCCAGACAGUGCUGGCACAGCAACUGCAUACUUAUGUGGUGUGAAAGCAAACUAUGGUACCAUUGGGGUCUCUGCUGCCACCCCAAGGUACAACUGCAGUGCUUCCAAAGGGAAGGAAGUCAAGUCAAUUCUGCACCGUGCUAAGCUAGCAGGAAAAUCUGUGGGAGUUGUCACCACAACUCGAGUGCAACAUGCCUCUCCUGCUGCAACCUAUGCUCACUCUGCAAACCGAGGCUGGUACUCCGACUCUGACCUAACCGAAGAGGCUGUCAAAAAUGGCUGCCGGGACAUCGCCUACCAACUGGUUCACAACACAGAGAUAAAUGUCGUUCUUGGUGGAGGCCGUCAAUACAUGUUCCCCAAAACCAUGAAGGACCCAGAGUAUGCAUCUUUUACAGGAGAUAGGAAUGACGGACAAAAUCUUGUUGCAGAGUGGUUAAAAAACAAAGCGAACGCAAAAUAUGUUUGGAAUAAAAAGGACUUUGAUGCUGUCGACCCUGCAAAUACAGACUUCCUGAUCGGCCUCUUUGAGCCCAAAGAUUGUCGCUACGAGUUAGAACGUGAUCCAGCCAUGGACCCUUCCCUGACUGAGAUGGUGGAAAAAGCAAUUAAAAUUCUCAGCAAAAAUCCAAAGGGAUUUUUCCUCUUUGUGGAAGGUGGGAGAAUUGACCAUGCUCACCAUGCAGGACAGGCCAAAAAAUCCCUCCACGAGACGGUAGAGUUUGACCGGUCCAUCGGACGAGCCGCUGAGCUUACCAGUGAGCUGGACACCCUGACUGUGGUCACUGCAGACCACUCCCAUGUCUUUGCCCUCGGAGGAUAUUCAGGGAGAGGAAACCCAGUUUUGGGGGUGUCUCGAGUACUAGCUGAUGACAACAAACACUUCACCAUGGCUAGUUAUGGAAAUGGACCAGGAUACCAGAUUGCCAAUGGCACUCGCCCUGAUGUGAAUGAAACUAUCUCAACGGGUAAUGAUUACAUGCAACAGGCCCCCGUACCUCUUGACUCGGAGACUCACGGCAUAGAGGACGUAGCCAUUUUUGCUAAGGGCCCCAUGUCCCACAUCUUCCAUGGGGUCCAGGAACAGAGCUACAUCGCUCACGCCAUGGCUUAUGCUGCCUGCCUGGAACCCUACGUGGACUGCAAACUGCCCCCACCCAGCCACGCUUCACCACUCCACCCCAGCCUGCUGCUCGUCCUGCUGGGUCUCCUCCUCCUCUCCCUCUGCUCCGUCUGAGAUAACAGCCUCUAGGGAAUUAUUGUCCUGACCUUGAAAAAACUUGUGCUUUCUGAUAUUUUGGUUGAAAAAUAAAUUAUUUUCCAUGUUAUCCUUCCACUGUGGAAUUACGAGCUGUAUAGUCGCACAACUUUGAGAUCACUGCCGUUAAUUUUCUGUUGUUUGGAUUACCUUUUUUAUUAUUAAAAUGUUUGUGUUAUUAUGAAGCCAA